UGGCGGGCUGCACAGACUUAAACCAUGUCUAGCUCUGUUAAGUACGGGCUAGCUCUGUAUGAUUAGUAUACAGUUAGCCGCUAGCAAGUUAGCUAAUCCACAGCUAGCUAGAUACUUGCAUAGCUCGCACAGCUACUUCAAUGUUUUAAAUUUUGAGCCUGAGCAUGAUUUGUUUAGCGUGUUUAUCUUCUUCAAAUGAUUCUCAGUUGAUGACUAGAGGGGAGACGGUGUUAAAGGGACAUCUCUGAAGCAUCCAGUCAACCAGCGAGAGUGACGUGUCCCUUCUUUAAGAAAUGGCAGAGCAGGAGAGGGAGACCAGCCAGCAGCUCGAAUCAAUCACUGAAACAGAAAAACCGAAAGACGAUACAAAUUCCUUACAUGGGGUCAAUCAGGAAAACAACAUCGUGAAGAAAGACUUGGAUGACAACAUAACAGCCGCACCCACAAACGAAGAGACUAAAGACGACGCUGGUGAACGAACAGCACCGGCAGAUGUCAAAAGGGAAGACCUCACUGAGAAGAAAGCACCUGACACGACCAGCUCACCAGCCCUGGAUCCAGUAAACGCUGACCAAUCAGAUGGAUUCACAGAUGGACCUGAUGUACAUCCACAUCAAGAACAAGAUGAACCGAAAGACGAUACAAAUUCCUUACAUGAUAACAUAACCAAGCCAGCCGCACCAACAAACGAAGAGACUAAAGACGACACUAGUGAACGAACAGCACCGGCUGAUGUCAAAACCGCACCCACAAACGAAGAGACUAAAGACGACACUAAUGAACCCACAAACAAAGACCCCACAGUGCAGGCUGAUGAUAAAAGGGAAGACCUCACUGAGAAGAAAGCACCUGACACGACCAGCUCACCAGCCCUGGAUCCAGUGAACGGUGACCAAUUAGAUGGAUUCACAGGUGACAGAUUGACAGGUGAAGACAUAAAAAAUGAAGCUGCAGGGGGUGAGUAUCAUGAAAGAAGUCCAGAGCAUGAUUCCCCUGAACUGGAAACGUUGGACGAGAAAGACACAGAGGAAGAGAGGCAUAACCAGGGAAUACCAGUUGAAACCAUUAAGUCAGGUUCUCUGGAGAGUGUUGAACGCACAGCUACAGACAACACUGGAAUUCUUCAGAGAAAUUUGUGGGUUCUGUCAGCAGUGGCAGUUGUUGUAGUAGCUGCUCUUCUUGCCAAUUACCUGAUGCCCUCCAACCCGUCUGAGACUCCACGUGAGGAAAGCAAGGUAGACGUCUUCCUCAGGCAAAUGGAAAAAGUGAAGGCUCAGUUCCUUAACCAGCGUGCGGAGGUCUGGAAAAGGAGCAGGAUCCACCUGCAGAGGCACCUCCAGACAGCCCACCCCACAGCGCCGGUGAGUCUCAUCCUGACGGCCGGCCUCAGAGCAGAGAAGACAAUGCACUGCCUGGCUCAGGGCCUGGCCUCCUCAUUAUCUUCUGCGCUCAAUGCCUCCGUCCUGCACAUCAAUGGAAGCAGCGCAGCCAGCCAGGACAGCGACCAGGUCAAACUGGACAUCGAUCGCAAGCUGCAAAGUGCUUUCGAGGGGGACAAACCUGUGGCCAUCAUUCACCGCUUCGAGGAGCUGCCUCCAGGAUCCACUCUCAUUUUCUAUCGCUACUGUGACCACGAGAACGCUGCCUACAAGGAGACGUUUCUGAUCUUCACAGUGCUGCUGGAGGAAGAAGAGGAGAUUCCUGCCAAACUUCAUUUGAAUGUUGUGGAGGAGAUGGUGGACGACCACCUCAAGAAGAAGUUCCUCUCUCAUGACCACCCUGUGUCUUUUGACAGGAUGGACAUUGAUAAGUACGGUGGACUGUGGAGCCGCAUUUCUCACCUUAUCCUCCCGGUGGCAGCGGAGCACAGGAUAGAACAUGAAGGCUGCCCGGGCUAAAAAAAAAUCAUCAAUCACGUUUGAACUUUAACUCCAAAUACAAUAAUAAUGCAACUGAAUCAGGUCUGGAACUGGAGGACUCUGGUCAUUGUGGGGUCUGUACAGUUGUUUUAAAUACCCAAAGGUUUCUUAUUGUAUUGAAGCUUACUUCAGAUGAAGGCAUCCUGUAGAAAAACCAAGACACUUAAUAUAAUCAUGGGAUAUUUUCUGAUAUUAAUUGAAAAAGUUUGAUAAAACACUGUGGCACUUUAUUAGUAUUUGAAUACAUGUAAUUAUAGAUCUAAUCGUGGGGGUUAUGAGGAUUUUACAGUGUAUGUUCAACUUGUAUGAUAACCACUGCAAUGUGUGUCAUUGUUAAAAGUUGUUUCAUGGGACUUGUUUUGUCAUGUCUAACAAACACAACACAACUAUUCAUUUGGUAUCACAACACAGGGUUGGUUUUUUAUGACAGGUUUUUUUUGUCUUUAAACAUUUAAUGUCCAAUGUUUGUAUAUGUAUGCUCAUCAGAGAGAAAUAAGUACACUAUGAAAUGUGCCUUACAAUACAAAUAAACGCAAGUUCCUACAA